GCUUCCCGGAUGUCUCUCGUUUGCGCGUUGUUUUUAUGCGAAAUCCAUCAUGGCGAUGCAUGCGAAAGCUACACCGCCACAGAUUCCCGAUACACGUCGGGAAUUAUCGGAGCUCGUGAAGCGAAAACAAGAACUAGCGGAAACUUUGGUAAACCUGGAGAGGCAGAUCUAUGCGUUUGAAGGAAGCUACCUGGAGGAUACUCAAAUGUAUGGGAACAUAAUUAGAGGCUGGGACCGCUACCUCACCAAUCAAAAGAACUCAAAUAGCAAGACUGACCGAAGAAAUAGGAAGUUCAAGGAGGCCGAAAGGCUUUUCAGCAAGUCCUCUGUCACCUCUGUGGCUGCUGUCUGUGCACUUGGGGGCAUCCCAGAUCAUAUGAAUGAGAAACGUGAGCCAGGCAGCGGAACCGAGAGCGACACGUCCCCGGACCUCCAGAACCAGGAGAACGAGCCGAGUCAGGAGGACACGGAGGACGGCGACGGGGCCGCCCAGGACCUCAAGCCCCAGAAGGCCGCCUCCUCCUCCUCUGGUGGUCACCAUGGGAGCCACAAGAAGCGCAAGAACAAGAACAGACACAGUCCCUCUGCCAUGUUUGAUUAUGACUUUGAGUUUGACAUGAAGAUGAAUAAGAAGCCCCGCGCGGACUACUCGGCCUGAUGGUGGUCGUGCCGACCGACCACACAACAGAGAGCACACAAGGGACGCUCAAGAGCUCCACACACACGCAGCAGAACGUUUAAUUAAUUAGCGAUUCUUUAUCUUUUUCUUUUCUCCCCAUUUUGAAAGGAGUAAGGGGUUGGCCGUUCCCAGCAAACAGUGUGAAAAAUCACUUGUGUUUGUUUUACGUAGAAGAAAUGUCUUCUUUGGUUUGCUCACUCAUGCCUUGUUAUCCUUUGGUGAUCAGAGUGAGGGGCAUAAGACGGGCUUUGUGAUGGGGAGGUCUCUGAAAAGCUUUGUACAGUAUGUCAGUCGCGCAUGUUCCAGUUGAUUCAAGGCAGGGACACUAAGCAUGCAUUUUGUAUUUUAUGUCAGACCGUUAGGUGUUUUAUUUUGUAUUGUUUCAUAGUAAAUUUCAUUUGUUUUCUACUGUUUUUUUUUUUUUUUUUUCUAAGAAAGCAAAAACUUGUAUACUUUUUUUUUCUUAACGUGUUCGAUAUUAUUCAUUGUGACCUUGUUUUGUCAUUGUGGAUAUUAUUUUGUACCAUGUUUGUUUUUGCAUAAAAGUGUACAAUUGUAAAAGUGUAAUAAAUUUCAGAACAUCCCCUAUCA